AUGUUGCUAGUAAUAGCAGCACAAAAGGAUUGGAAGGUGUUCCAACUAGAUAUCAAAUCUGCUUUUCUAAAUGGUGUAUUGCAGGAAGAAAUCUAUGAUAGACGAAGCAGAAUAAGUGGGAAAGUAAAGAAGUUACUAGCUCUUUUUCCAGACGCAGACAAGCCAGCGAAAGGCGCUGACAUGCUGGAUCAAGCAGUGCAUCACAUUCUAACCCUUCAAGAUCAGAUUCAGACAGCACAGGUUGAAAUGGCGUCUCUAGAUAGAUUGCUGCACAUCCCCGGGGAGUCUGUUCCUCACAAAAUUAGCACUAAGCGCAGUUAUGCAACUCAUCGACUCGACAUUGAAGAAAGGAUGAGAAGAACCAUAAUAGGUGGGAAGCUAAAGAAGUUACAAGGUCUUGUGCCAAACAUGGACAAGCAAACAAGCUAUGCUGACAUGCUGGAAAUAGCGGUGCAGCACAUUCAAACCCUUCGAGAUCGAGUUCAGCGUCUCAAUACAGAAAUUGAUGUAAGACAUCAAGUCAACAACAGUGGCAUGCAAAAUAGGAGGAAGCAUUUAGCAGAAGAUUAA